AUGAGCGCCGAGCAGAUAGUGAACAAUAUCUCUUCAUCCGGGAUUUUCGGGUCCAGAGGAGGCGCCUACAUUUCCGGUGGAACCCUCUUGCAAUACCGAACAGAGAGAUUCCUCCAACGUAAACUGGAGGGACGUGCGUCGGCUGCCAUCGACCGGCGCGGCCGCGUGUGCAUAGUGUCUGCCAAUGUACGUAGUGUUUUGAACAAACGAGACGAGUUGGAGGCGUUUGUCGUGGAGCACUUCCCAAUGUCUGGAAAGCGGACUACGGUGGCAUGA